CAGAAAAAGCCAGCCGCUCCUCAGAUACCAGAUUUACUUCACUGUGCCCUUAUUUCACUCGUAGUCCUACAUUCGUUAAGAGGAAUUUCAUAAUGUUGCCUGCGACGUUCAAACUGUGUGCUGGCAUUUCUUACAGGCACAUGAGAAACAUGACAGGUCUGAGAAAGAAUGCAAUGAUUGCAAUCCAUCAUGAGCUGAAUAAGCUUUCUGGCCCGGGGCCCAGUGCCUGGAUCAGGCAUGUCCGAAGAAGGAGCUCUCUGCUAAGCAGUCGAAUUGAAGAGGAGACGUACAAUGAGGCUGAGCAGUGCUAUGUGCAGCAGGGACAAGAAGCUCUGCAGAAGUCUAUCAGCAUCCUCAGUGACCAGGAUGGCUGGCAAACCGAGAUCGAGACUGCCAAUGGAGAUAAGGUGAUGAGUAAAGUAUUGCCAGACAUAGGGAAGGUUUUCAAACUAGAGGUGGUACUGGAACAGCAAACCGAUGAUCUUUAUGAAGAGCUGGUGGAUAACAUGGAACAAAUGGGGGAGUGGAACCCCAAUGUCAAAAAAGUCAAGAUCCUUCAGAAAAUCGGUCCUGAGACUAUGAUCACACAUGAGGUUUCAGCCGAGACACCUGGGAAUGUGGUGGGCCCUAGAGACUUUGUUAGUGUCCGUUGUGCAAAACGAAGGGGAUCCACGUGCUUCCUGGCCGGGAUGUCCACUCAGCACCCGGGAAUGCCUGAACAGAGAGGAUUUGUAAGGGCUGAGAAUGGACCCACCUGUAUCGUGAUGCGGCCGAGUGCAGAUGAUCCCAAUAAGACAAAGUUUACUUGGUUGCUCAGUUUAGAUCUGAAGGGUUGGAUCCCAAAGACCGUCAUCAACCGGGUACUUUCGCAGACCCAGGUGGAUUUUGCAAACCAUCUCAGACACAGAAUGACAUCCGGUGGAGAAGCAGUCAUUGCUUGCUAACAUCCAAGCUGAGACCCCAUAAAAACAACAUCAUCUCCCAAACAAUCACCGCUAUUCUUUGCACAGUGUACACUUUUAAUCUCUGCAUGAAACUUUACAGAUUCAUAAUUUUUUGAUGUACCGUUUUCCUAAAACAUGGAAGUUUAGUGGUCCACUAAAUAUGCUGCUGUUUGUUUGAUCCAUUGCAUUUAGAAUAAGAAAUGACUGUAUUGUUCUGUUGUCAUUGGACAUUUGUAUGCACAUAAUUGUGAUAAAUCAAAAAUGCUUGGCGUAGGGGUUAUUAGGUCAUCGCAAUGGAGUUUUGGUAUGCUGGCAAUGAUUUUAAACUUGAAUUAGUCAACUAGUUCCACUGUCAGCUCAAUAUUGCGGCUCAUACUUCCUCUUACUCUUUCAUACUUCUGCAAAUUCCCUGUAAUAAUUCCCUCCACAAUAGGGCUUAUAGUUCCUAUUUUUAUUAUUAUUUGUAAAAAAUUCAAAAGAGAAGUAUUUAUUUUAAGUUAAUAUUAUCGCAUCACCCUGUAACAGGAUGUCUGCUAAAUAAAUAUUCAUUAAAACUAUUAAAGUA